AUGGCCCUGAGACGAGCAGCUUCCAAGGCGCAAUGGUCGUGGAAGAUGUUCGAUGUGAAGGGUGCAAAGGUCUUUGCUACGGAAGAAAGGAUGGAAACGCCCGAGCUGGGAAAGAUUGAGAUUCCCAAAGCAAUGACUUUGUGUGGAGUUGCCGUGCCAUUGCACUGUCGAUGUCGCCAUUCUGCAACAUCUCGAGGACUCGCGAGCGAACCUUGCUGGAUUGAGCCUGGGCCCGCUUGCAUCCAGCUUCUACGUGGUUUGCUGCAGCAUCCGAGAUAUAUUGUCCAAUCGCGCUGCUCUCAAAUUGGCGCAUCGAAACUCCUUGGUGGCUGCGAGCGUAUCUCGACCGAGCAGACUUCUUUGACAGCGCAUCAGCAGCCAAGUCGAUCAUCGUGCCUGGGCGCCGGUCGUUGGCAGAAUCUUUGGCACAUUCGCAACAAAGCUCCCGUCAAACCUCUAAGCAUUCCGACAGCAGGCAACU